AUGGGGUAUGAUAGAGCCCGUUUCUUGGGGGAUGUAGAUGAAGACCUCAUCUGCCCCAUCUGCCGUGGCGUCCUGGAGGAGCCCAUGCAAGCUCCUAAUUGUGAGCAUGCCUUCUGCAACACCUGCAUCACCCAGGGGUCCUCCUGGCAGCAGACGUGCCCUGUGGAUGGGAGCGUGGUCACAGCUCCCCACCUGCGCCCCAUCCCCCGAAUCAUGAGGAACAUGCUGUCCAAGCUCCAGAUCACCUGCGACAAUGCCGUCGCUGGCUGCAGCGCCGUCCUGAGGCUUGACAAUCUCAUGGCUCAUCUCAUCAGCUGUGAGCACAGCCCCAAGUGUCCUAAGACCUGUAAGCAUGGCUGUGGCCUAGAGAUGUCCAAUGGGGAGCUGCCCAACCACAACUGCAUCAAGCACCUGCACUCCAUGGUCCAACAGCAAGAGAGGCACAUCACUGAGCUAGAGAAGACAUCAGCUGAGCAGAAAUGCCAGCUGGCAGAGCAGAAACGAGACAUUCAGCUGCUAAAGGCCUAUGCCCGCGCUCUCCACAAUGGCAACCCCAACCUUCAGGAACUGGAAGAUACUGAUGAGUAUAAUGAGACCAUACAGAGUGUCAACUCCUUGCCCCCAGAAAGGGUGUCAAGUUGGGAGGGUGGCAUCUCCACCCCAGAUACUAUGCACCAACCAAUGAUUAAGACUUCGGCAGAAAGUGGCUGUCCAGUCCCAUCACCAAUAAGCUGA